AUGAUGCGCGACAUCAUUGCUGAAGACGAGGAGAGUGGACAGAUUGAUGCAUUGAAGGUCAGCCGAGCCCACAAGCGAAUGCUGGCCUUGGAGCGACGGAGGCAGGUGCAGUGCGCCGUGAACUUGGCCAGCCGCCUUGAUGCUCACCAAGACGAGGGCUGGGAGGAAGCACAGCGGGCAGAAGCGAAGCGCCUCUCGCAGGUCCCUUCCGGCCCCGAGAUGCUGUACCUCAUCGGCUGGCUUUAUGUCAACGGUGCCGAGCAGUGGCUCGCCGGCAGCGCUGCGGCACGCCUCGUGGCGAAGAUGCAGGCGAAGGCGCACCUGAUGAAAUCGAAGGGAGAGCUUGCAGCAUCUGCUGGGCGCACAGCAUUCACCGUGAACAGCAUCAUGAAAACAGCAGAAAGGAAGAAGACGAAGCAGAGCGUGCAGAGGGAAGCAAAAGAGAAGGAGGAUGGGAAGGAGAAGGCGGAGAAGGAGGAGAAGGAGGAGAAGGAGGAGAAAGCAGCGGCAGCGCCGGACGCAGCGACCACGAGCGCCUUUGGACCAGGCGAAGCUCCUUGGGGCGCCAAGGCCAAAGCGGAGACAGAGGAAGGGAUGCGGAGCUGUCAAGACGCUCAAGAGGGGAACAGCUCCCCAAGCCAUGCUCCCGCAGAAGGUCGAGGGAAGCUUGGCUCCGCAGAGGACAUCCUCAGCCCUGGAACCAUCGUGGUGCUCUGCAACCUCAGGACCAACGCAGAGUUGAACGACGAGGUUGGCGUCAUCGAAGAGUUUGACCAGUCUUCCGGGCGCUACGUUGUCCACUUCCUGUCGGAUGGCUUGGAGCCUCGCAGACUUCGAGCCGAGAAUCUCUUGAUCUUGGAGGACUCCGCGAGCCGCGGCCACGCCGACAGCAAGGACUCCACUGGAGGCUCUGCAUCGGGCGAAGACCGAAAGUCAGCUCCAAGGGCCGAGGACACUUCAGAUGCCCACUGGGCGCCAGGCGGAGACGAAGCUGAAGUCGCAGAAGCCUUCAAGGACACCAUGCCGCUCUUCCACGACACCCUGUGGAAGGUCACGGCAAUAGACAUCGAGUUCACGCUUGCCAAGGUAAUGCGCCGAGUACUGCGCGACAUGUCGGUAGACAAGCCGGCGCGGCAGCACAGGGCAGAGGCUCUUCGUCGCUUGGGUGAGAUCAUGCAGGAGCCCAUGAAGGAGAUGAGAGCCGACCAGAGCGCCUCCAAGCUCCAGCUUGAGGAGGUGCCGUCUGUUGAGAGGCGAUUGAGUUCAAGGUCUUCGAUUCUCGCUCGAUUGCCUCGCGUGUCUUGGCGCUCUCGCAAACGCGAAAGCAAAGAGGCAAGGACCAAGCAGCAGGAGACCAAGCAGAAGCAGAUGGAGGCGGCUCUGGUGCUCAUGGCUGCCGGCGCUUCCACCGAUGAUGUGGACGACAUGUUGGCUGCAAGGUCUGCAAUGGAAGCCGAGCUCGACCCGUUUCACAGCGCCGUGUAA